AUGCGUUCUUUCAUUGCUGCUGCCCUCCUGGUCGCUGGAGUUGCCGCCCAGAUGACCCUCGGGAACAUCGAUGCGUGUGCCAAUGCCAUCUUGAAUGACAUUGACGUCGCCACAAUGAAGGCCUGCUCCAACAAGAGCAAUACAGACUGCAUCUGCUCCACCGACCUCUCAGACAAGAUCAGCGACAAAGCAAUCGACACCUGCGCAGAUGCAGGAAUUAGCCCGGAUGACCUCAAGAGCAGCGUGUGCUCUAGCUCCAAAUCCAGCGUCGCGGCCCCAGCCCGCCACGCCAGCAAGCCCAUGGAGCCUGCCUCAAACUUGGAGAUGGAUAUGGCAGCUGCCAAGCGUGCCUACGCCCCUCCCAUCGCCGAGCACGGUGCUGCCGAGCCGGCCGUUCCCCGUGUCAUCUAUGUGACCGAGACCAAGACCGAAUGUGGAUGCAAGCCUAGUGCCACUCCUUUUGAUCCUUCGCAUCUGUCGCAGAUCCCUGUUCAGGUUCCUGCUAGCAGCAGCAUGGGCGGUAUGGCUGCUGCUUCGGCUCCUGCCUACUCGCACGGUGUUGUUGUUGGUGCUUCUUCUGCUUCUUGGCCUUUUGGCUCGCACAGCGCUACUCCUACUCCCUCUGGUGCUAGUGCGCAGGGUUUCAGUCCUUUCCAGGGCUCGGCGCCUACGGUUGCCGUGCACGGUGGUGUUGCAGCACUUGGUGUCGCUGCUGUGAUGGGAUUGAUGAUUGCUCUGUAA